GAGGAGAAGGACCCCCACAGCCCCAUCUCCCAUCCUCAGGGUGGCCGCCGCCCGUGGGGAGGGCCCCGAGAAGGCAGCCGGGUGUCCCGCUAUGGGGGGGUCCUGGAGCUGAGCGUGCUGAAGACGGACUCAAAAGGGCAGGAAAUGGGCGACUCUCUGCAGCUCUUCAGCCCGGAGGAGGAGGAGGCCAGGCCGCGUCCUCGGGAGUCGCCGGGGGACGGUUCUCUGAUGGACCCUGCGCGUCCAGAGUGUGUCACGGAGACGACUGGCUGUCCCAUCCGAAGCCCUUUGCAGCAUUGUGAGAUCCCGAGUGAGAAGGAAGCCUCCCCAGUCCCGCCAGAGCCGAGCCCGUACCGAGGAUCCGAUGGAGAUCGUGCUCCGAUGCCGUCGUCGUCGACGGAAGCAAGCCCCGCGGGCCGAAGUCCUGUUUGCGGCGUUUUCCAACUUCAAGCCCGAAUGCAGGAUGGCAAAAUUGCACUCUCUCCCCGAAAAGAAACCCUUUUUCUUGCUCAGGAGCGAGAGCGGUGCUUUGCUCCGGACAUUAAUACUCCCGAGGAGAUGGCUGGGGAGGUCGGUAAGCUUUCGGAAGGAGCGAGCGACCACGGUAUCGUUCCCAAUAGCCUCGGGUUCCAGCCGGUUGUGGUACUGGAUAAUCAGGUGGUUUUGAACUGGUUGGCGGAUCGGUCUGCCAGAAAGCAAAAGGCUUCCCGUUCCUUGAAGAGAAAAAAGUUCUUCCGGGCCCAGUCUCCCCACGUCCUGCCUAAAACCUCCGGCUCCUGGAAUAACCACCGUGUGGCCCCCAAUUGUAAUCCUGGAGGGACUGGCCGGAAAGCUUGCAUUAGCGGCUUCAGUUCUAAACGUUGGGGGCGCCAGAAAGCCCAUCGAGCGGCACACGGGCAAAAUGCGGGCUGGAAACAUCAAGCUGACUCUCUCCUCCUGCAGGAACGGCUGAAGUGGCAGGAGAUUGAAGACCAACUUUCCGUCUCUUUCCUACCUUUGGACUCCUCCCUCAAGAACUCCAGCUUGUGGCGUAGAAUCCGAGCUUCUUUUUCCCUCCAUAAAAAGAAGAAAAUCCUUUCCGAGGCCGAAAGCCUGAACGGUAGCGCCGCCAGCUAUUAUUUGGCCGAGUCUCCUCUUCACAAGGUUUGCGAUACCCCUUUCACCCAAAAGCUGGGCUAUUCCAUCUGCCCGUCUUCCUCCAUGGUGUUGCUGUCAUCCAUGACCUCUCUCUCCAUGUCGGAGACGACCUUGACGGAUGCCGAAAAAGUCUACCGGGAAUGCCAGCAGGAGGGGCCCAUCACGUUCAAGGCUUGGAUUUCUCAAGAGAAGAUGCCGAAGUGUGAAAAAAUCGGGGAAGGGGUUUUUGGGGAGGUUUUCAAAACCGAGACUGAAAAGGGGACCGUGGCUUUAAAAAUAAUCCCGAUCGAAGGGAGCGAGCGAGUCAACGGCGAACCGCAGAAGACGUUCACCGAAAUCUUGCCGGAAAUCAUCAUCUCCAAAGAACUCAGCCUCCUCGCCGACGAGGUGGCUAACCGGACCUCGGGUUUCAUCCGGUUGUAUUCCGUUCAUUGCGUCCAAGGCACUUAUCCCGAGCAUCUCUUGAACGCCUGGGACGAAUACCACCGGCUGAGGCACUCCGAAAACAACCGGCCGGAUUUCUUCAGCGACCAGCAGCUCUUCAUGGUCCUGGAGUUUGAAUUUGGAGGCACGGAUCUGGAGAACAUGAGGAACCGGCAGCUGAGUUCGGUGGCUUCGGCCAAGAGCAUCCUGCAGCAGGUGACGGCUUCGCUGGCCAUCGCCGAGGAAGCCCUCCGCUUUGAACACAGAGACUUACACUGGGGCAAUGUGCUGGUGAGGAAAACCAGCUUAAAAGAAGUGGCCGUUACCCUGAAUGGGGAAGUCCACCUCCUUCCCACUCAAGGCAUUCUGGUGAACAUUAUCGAUUACACCUUUUCCAGGCUGGAGAGGGAUGGUUUAACGGUGUUUUGUGACCUCUCCACCGACGAAGAAGUGUUCCAAGGGGGAGGGGAUUACCAGUUUGAUAUUUAUAGGCAGAUGAGAGAAGAGAAUGCAAACAACUGGGCCGAUUAUUUCCCCCACAGCAACAUUCUGUGGCUUCACUAUUUAGCGGACAAACUUUUAAAAGAGGUGUCCUACAAGAAGAAGGCCACCUCUUCGUCCCUGAAGCAGAUACAGAAGCAGCUCAGGAUGUUCUCCGCGAACGUUCUCAAUUUCAAGUCCGCCACCGAGCUGCUUAACCUAGGUACUUUCUUCCAGUGAAUUGAACUUGAGCUUGGAGGACCGAGGGAGAACUUUUUGGCCUUCUCUCAUGCUUCAAGGGGGGGGGGGGAAUUCACAUACGGUAUCCCAAUUCUUAAACCACAUCAUUGUCAAGAGUUGCUCGACUGCGUUGCUUUGCAUUAUGUUUUGAUUAGAGGGAAUCCCGACC